AUGUUGCGAGCUUCGUCCGGGUCGAGCCGAGGUUCCUCCGCGACCCCACGCCGACCACCCAAUAUUACUAGAAUAUAUAAUCUCCUGGAAUCUGCGGAGCGGGAUAUCCAACAUGAAGCUUGCAAAAUUGUCCGCCAGCAGCUUGAACGGGGCAUUGGAAUCCGUCAGCUUGUCCAGCAUUAUGCCGAAUAUGGCUCAGAGCAGUCGGUGGAUAUGAUAUGUUCGAUACGGGAGCCAUAUGAUACGGUUCUACUCGAUCAUGUCCGAGACAUGCUGAAAGCACAGAAAACGACCAAUGCUGCUAUUAUUUUGCUUGGCCAAUUGGGACAAGACCAGGAAUGGGUCGGGAAAAUCGCCACGCAUGACGUGUUUGCCGUCAUUAUUAAAUUUAUUAAUAGAUCCCAUACACGUGUGAUGGGUGAAGAUAUUGCUGCACUGCUUUUUCUAUCAGCUUUCCUCCCACAUUGUCCAAUACUCCCGGAAGCUCAACUAAAACAUCUUUUCGACACUUUUGUAAAUGCGGCCGGAUUUUUGGAAGGAAAGUUACAUGAUCUCGAUACAAAUGAUAGCCCGAUGGACAAAGUUAACGUCUCCCAUCUACAAUACGCCGUUAGAGAAUAUUUUCACACUCUAUAUGGCAUCUAUCCCCUUACAUUUGUCAAUCACCUCCGUAAUUUUUUUCGAGCUGCGAAGAAGAAAAAUACUACACUUGUUGAAAAGGUGAUGGCACCACUUUUAAGUGGAGUGCGGUUGCAUCCAAAUUUGUUGUUGAUGGAUAAAUCGAGCGAGUUGUCAAAUAAACGAUGGUCAAGAAGAGAAGCACACGAUUUUCUUGAUGAUUGCAGAAAGAAUGUUAUUGGACUGAUUCCAAUGACAUACAACGUCCGCGAUCCAGAAGAGGAUAAAGAACAUGAAAAACUUGCCCUGAAAGAUCGACAACUUCGAGCUGUUGUGCCGAUAGAUGGUUUUAAUCGGGAUGACGAUGAUUCUGACGAUUUCAUUCCUGACGAACAAGGCGUCGAAGCUUUCGAGGCUCUGUUUGCCAAGACGAUACCAAGUCAUGCUGAAGAAGAAGUCGCGGAACUUGAAGAGGAGCAGCCUGGCCCUAGUGGUCAAGUCGUUCCAAGAGUGGCACAACUUCCAAAUACAGCCACUUCACCUCCUGAUAACCCAUACGCAUCAUUUGUCGAUAUGGUAGAAUCACCCGCAGAUCCAAGAUCGUUGUCAUUACACGAUAGAGCGUUGACCAGCAGUUUAAAGAAACCAAAAGCGCGUCCUGAUGUCUCGGAAUUCUCCGCAGACUCUCUGGUUACAAGACUGAUGAAAGGUGUCAAAAAAGUGAUGUCGCCGAACGCAGAAAAGGUCUAUCAACCAUUAGUGGAGGUGUUGAACGAAGUGGAUGAUAUGGAGGACCCAGAAGUUAGCCCUGCCGAAGAAGCUGAAGAAACCAUCGAAUUAGCUGACCUACUUUCUCCCGAAAUCGAGGCAAUAAGCCGCGAACGUGCAGAAUCAAAUGCGUCGGAGGUUAGGAGGAGGAUGACUGGAACAAUGAAACAACGCCCCAGAGCAGCCUCAAUUGAGCCUGAUGUAGAUCAAGAAAUCUCCGACCUUUUGGGCACUGUUUAUGCGGCAUCAAGGGCUAAUUCUACGACGGCCAACUAUUUCGAUGGGGUCUAUGCAGCCCGGGAAUCCGUCAGAAGUUCUCACAAGGAACUUAUGAAGGAGAAAUUGGAUCACAAUCUGGUUCAAGAUCGCCGUCUGUUUACGACACCGAUGAAUCAAACGGAUCCAGCCCUAAAUCUAGAAGACCUUCGAUUUCUUCAUUCAGGCGAAGAUGGAGCGGAAGAAAACUUAGAUCAGCAACCGGUAAUCGACUAUCACAGGAAAAUACCCGCAGAACUGAUGACGCAUUGCAAGAAUUUGUUGAGAAUGCAAAACAUGGAACACAAACCAAUUAUGCAUAAGAAAUCGCAAGAAGCAGUGCCGCCCGGUCAUUAUAUACCGCAAGCAUUCCCAAAAUCCAACGAUGAGAUGUUGCAACUUUUCCCUUACCUUGAGCUCCUCACCGGACCGAAGAUGAGCAUUUAUUCGGACAUCGAAAAUCAUCUGGAGAAUCAGGGAAAAUCGAAUCGUGACGAUUAUAUGGUAGCUAGUAAAGCGUACCAUCAGACGUUAAAGGAAUUGCAUAUAGCCGAUCAACUACCAGGCCGAAUCUAUGAUGAUUUGUCUCAUAUUUUACAAAAUUUAACAGCUGAAGGACAGAAACAACUCCUACAAGCCCGCCUUCGACUGGUGAAUCAACAUUUAUUCUAUGAGCGCAGCACCCGCUUAAUCCAUGCAAAUCGGAAUCGACAAUUAGCUUCCAGAUUACAAGAUCAAACCAAUAAUGAAACCAAAAUCAAACGCUUUGCCCGUACUGAAGAAGAAAUGUUUCGAGAAAGAGAUGGGAUUAUAGCGGCCUUCAAAAAGCUACAAGCGCAAGAAGAACGGCUUCGCGAGAAGCAUCUAAAUGCUGUCGAAUUAUAUCGAAAGAAGAUUUGCGAGAUUGCCGAGUCAAAUAAACGAAUUGCUAUGGAAAGCAAGGAAAAAGACCUGACAAUUGAGGAAAUCAAGCAAGAAAUGGAUCGUAAAACCAAAAGUUGUCCGGCGGAGUGGAGAACAGCAAUUGAUACGCAAGUAUUGCUCGAUUUGGCCAAUAAUGAAAUUGCUGCAUUAAAGAAAUUACUCGACCCGCUUUUCGACACUCGCGAGGAAAAUUUUCAAUUGGAAGCUGAGGUUUUGAGAUUGCAAGAACUACUCGAGAUUAACAAUAUCUUUUCGCCUGAUAUCAACGAUCGGUUCGCGAAAAUCGCCGAACACAUGAGUGAAAUCAACAAGGAUUAUGCGGCCACCAUCCUCGAAAGAGAUACCCUCGAGCAAACUGUUGCCAGAAUGGAAGAAGAACAUACUGCGGCACUGAAACGAGAAAAGCUCAUCAACGAAAAGCUCCGUAUCGAUGCUAAUGAAAUGAGGGAAAGGACGAUACUCAGCAAGCAGAAAUUCCUCUCAAAAUGUGAAGAAUGCGAUCAUUAUAGGAAUGAAUUGAUGGAAGCUAAGCUGUUAUUACAGGAAGCCGCUCAAAAGAGUUCGAUGAGAAAAGAAGAUGACGAUACAACGGCGGAGGAGCCGGAUCCGGUUGCAUCAUUUUUGAACAAACAUAGGGCCAAUCACGGGCUUGUUCCGGAAGACGACUAUUUUGAUUUUGCCGGAUUCUUAUUCCCCACAGAAGAAGAAGCAGACCAUCAUACAGCAGAGGCGGAAGCUUAUCGAAAAGAAUGCGGGGAUUCUGAUGACUCUGAAUACGAUUCGUACGAUGAUGAAGAAGAAGUCUACCCAAAUCACUUUGAUAGCAAGGCUCCCCUAAAAGGAACUCCACCAGAUCGUUCGGAAUCUGAUGAGGAACGUACACCAACGUUCCGAAUGGACCCCCGAAGACUUUAU